AUGGUAGUUGAGCCCAAAAGGGUAGUUGAUCAUGUUGCUAACAUAACUCAAUUAGCACAACAAUUGAAAGACGUUGGUAUGGAAAUGGAUGAUCAGAUGAUAAUAGCUAAAAUUCUUGCCAGUUUGCCCCCAGUUUUUGAUUCAGUGCGUAUUUCAUGGUAUUCAAUUCCGAAAAAGGAGCAGUCUGUGGAGAGGUUGACGAUAAAUUUGGCGAAUGAGGUGUCUGUCAUGAAGUCUAGGGAUGAAAAACCACCUGAGUUACACAUGGAUGAAAUUUUCUACAACAAGGGGAGCGGUGCUAGCAGUAAGAGGAAGCCUGGUUUAUGUCAACGACCUCAUCAUGGACAGAAUCGGUACGGGCAAGGUCACGGUUACAUGGCUGAAGGCAAUAAUGAUCAAGUUCAACAGGAGCAGGGAAGUCAGGGUCAACCUCAAUGCAAUCAUUGGGAUUCCAAUAAUCAAUAUUCAUAUCAAUCAUCGAUGUUUUGUGUUAAAACUGAGGCUGAAUGUUUCACUAUGGAGAGAGGAUCAGAUAUAUGGUUUGCUGACUCAGCAGCAACAGAGCACAUGUCUUUUCGUGAGGAUUGGUUUCAGAAUCUAGUAUUGUAUCCAGAAAAAUCAUAUAGAGUUCGUAUGGGAAAUGGAGACGUUCUUUACGCCAAAGGACGAGAAGAUAUUAUUGUCAAGGUUACCAGUGGUCCUCAUCGAGAAGUGGAGCAUGUCAUAAACAAUGUUUUAUUGGUUCCAAAUUUGAGAAAGAAUUUAUUGUCAGUGAGCAAAUCAGCAUCCAAAGAGAUGAUAACGAGGUCAACAGUAAAUAAUCUCAAGGUUGAUGGAGCUCUGGAUUUCUGUGAGGGCUGUGUGCUUGGAAAGCAGUACAGAUUAUCAUUUCCGAAGACAGCACGUCGAGCAUCAGCACCAGGAAAAUUAUUUCAUAUGGAUUUGAGUGAUAAAUCAAGUCAGAUGUCAAUAGGAGGGAAAGGAUAUCGAUUGUUUGAUCCAGAUCAGCGUAAGUGCUUUGUACGUCGAGAUGUUGAGUUCUCCGAGAAGGAGCCAGACAGGGUUCAAAUCGAAAUUAAUCAGGAGGCGAGGGAUGAAGAUGUUGGAGAACUGAAAGAUGAAGUCUUCAGUGGGAGUAAAGAGAAUGAAGAAAGUCCAAAAACCAAAAGAGUUAACCCCCGUCAACCCACACCUAGUGAUUCAUAUCCAUUGAGACCAAGAACUAAAACUGACAGUACGAAUGGAGAGAAUCUGUACGCAGAAGCCUUGCUAACAGAAAUUGAAUCACUGACAGUGGAUGAGAUUAAGGACGAUCCAAAUUCAAUACAAUGGAUGAGAGCAGUCCAGGAGGAACUUGAUUCACUUGAAGAAAACAAUACUUGGGAACUUGUUGAGAGACCUGAAAACACUAAUAUUAUUGGAAAUCGAUGGGUUUUUCGAACUAAAUACAAGGCAGAUGCAGCGAUCGACAAAUUCAAGGCCAGAUUAGUGGCUAAGGGUUAUUCUCAACAGUAUGGAGUUGAUUUUGCUGAGACGUAUGCUCCAGUUGUCAGAGCAGAUACGGUCAGGAUGAUUUUAUCAACCGCAGCAGCUUUGAAUUUAAAUACAAUCCAGUUUGAUGUUAAGACUGCGUUUUUAAAUGGAGAUUUAGAGGAAACAAUUUAUAUGGAGCAGCCGGCUGGGUUUGAAGUUGAUGAUCGGGUUUGUUUAUUGAAGAAGAGUCUUUACGGGUUGAAACAAGCACCGCGGCAGUGGAACUUCAAAAUAUCGACUUGUCUACAGGAGUUUGGUUUGAUUCAGUCAGAGGAGGAUCCGUGCAUGUAUAUUCACAAACAAGACCCAGGGAGAAGAUUUAUCCAUGAUUCUGGAGACAGUGGGCGAAGUGGUUAUCCUUACAGAGAGGCAAUUGGAUCGAUGAUGUAUCUCAUGGUGACAACUAGAUCUGAUAUAGCCUAUAUUAUCAGUAUUCUCAGUCAAUUUGCUGCUAAACCAAGUUCAGAGCAUUGGAAUGGAGUCAAGUAG